UCCAUCCAUGUGUGUCCGCCGCGCCACUUUGUUCGCGCCACAUGAGCCCUGCGUGCGGCCACGCCCCUCCCUCGUGACGCAGCAGCCGAGAGGCGUGGCUGUAAUGGUUGACCAAGUUUGGCACCACACGGAUACUGUUCUCCACGUGACCGAGGCACAGGAGCAGCGCUAGAGAUGGAGGCAGCAGCGGCAGCGAGCGCUGACGAGGCCCCCUUAAUUGCACCUGCAAAUGGGACAGUGAAAAAAAAAUUCCGAGCCAGAAAAACGAUGACGGCCAGUUGUCGCCAGCAACUGGCGUCUCUCAAAAUAAAGAACUCUUUAAAAAAUGAGAACACAGGUAAAGAAUCCCCAAACAGAUCUGCUCAGCAGCCUGAGUUAAUCUGUGAGACCAACUUUACUGCGCAAGAUAACCCCGCAGCUAAAAUCAAUAAAAGCCAGGGUGUAUUUCCUAAUGGACUGAAGGUCUCUAUAGAGGUUUCACAGUUGGACUCUGAGAUUAACAUCGGAUGUUCAUAUAAUGAAACCUGGGACGGGAUUUCCAAAAAAUCUGAAGAUGUCCCUUUCUCCCACACGGCGCACUUCGUUGUUCGUGAUUUCAACGCUGUCGCAUCAGAAAAUCACAUUGCUGGUUUAGAGCCAGACACUUCACCUACUAAUACUGGAAGUCAGGUCUUAAGCGAGGACGCUUUGCAGAUUGCCGAGAGCACGCCGGAGGUGGAAGCGCGGUGUGAACUGGCAAAUGUUGAAUGCAGCGCCAUUUCUGAAAAUCUGAAUGCGUCCAUAACUUUGAAAAUAAUUGAAGACGAGAGCUUUAAGAAGACUUCAUCCACCGAUGUUGUGGCCCCACCAGAACCUACUGAUACAGACGGUGCUUCAGCUCCCAGAAACCAGCUUGAUCCCUCACAUUGCUCUACUGAUGGCUCUAAUGCACUGACUUCUCCUCCGACUGUCACUGCCGAUUCUGAUUCUGUCCAACCUGAGUGUGACGCUGCAGGUGGUGUCUGUAAAAAGAAAAGGACUUGUUCAGAAAGCAGUGACGUUCCUGAAGCGAAGCGAGCCAAAACUUCAAACAAUAUUCUUCUAGAUGAGAUACAAUGCCUAAUUGACAGGAGGAUAAAUAUAUUAUUUGAAGGCCUGUUUGAUGAAAGAAUGCAAACUUUAACGCGUCAAGCUGAUCUUGUCCGAAGAAACGGAAAUCACACCGACGAUGUUGCUAGGCAUCUGCAAAUCAUACAGAGACUGGAAAGACGCCUUAAGUACGCCGUACACCUUCAGGGACAGUUGGGCACUUGCUCAAGUACAUUGACACCUGCCCAUUCCUCAUCUGAGGAGCUUCACAACACAGAUGCACAACCCGAUACUUCACCAGUCGUUCCCCCUGCAGAAGCAACAGAAUCCCGUCCGAUAACACCUUCGGCACCAAAUCCAUCCAGCAGUGUCAUGGACCUUGUAGUCCUUAGUGAUAAUGAGUGUGAGCAGCCAAGCCAUCCCGAGCAAUGCCAAGCAGAACGUCCAAACAGCACUUCUACAAAGAUGGACAGUGCAGCUAUGCAAAAAAUCAUGGAGUCCAUCAAGCAACACAGGAAGAAAGCGCAUUCAUCACGUACAGAUAAGACUGUAAUUGAUCUAACUGAUGAUGAGGAGCAAAGAUGUGAUAAAGAAGCAAAUGUGGAUAAGAAGCGAACGCUGCCUGGCGAAAUCUUCUCCUCUCAGGGACAGUCGGAAGAACAGAAUGUUAGAGAUCAACAGGUGGUAACGGAUCAUUCUGCAUCUGCACCAUUGUCUGAAGGGAAUGUUGGAGUCGAAAAUGUCUUUGAUAAAUGCACUGUCGAGAAUGACCUCGCGUUGAGAAAUCAUAAUGAAGCCUCUUCGAGUUAUGAUGUGAAUGAAGAAAAAACGGCCACCCCCAAAUCUCCUCCGUCAGAGAAUCUACAGGAGUCAGUGGUCAAACAAAAAACUGAUCCUGCAAAGCCUCCACAAAAGCCACAGCUGAGACUUGCUCAAGUCCAAAACCCUAAGGGCAUUGCCCUGUCAUGGAAUGUCGCCACUGUGGAUCCCAGAUGCGCUCCUGCUAAAUCCUAUUGCCUUUACGUACACCAGGGGGAUCCAAACAACCCCAAAAAACUGUGGAAAAAGAUAGGCGAAAUCAAGGCUUUACCAUUACCGAUGGCCUGUACGCUCACGCAGUUUGUUGAGGACACCACAUAUUCGUUUGCCAUGAGAGCCAAAGAUGCCGGCGGACGCUUUGGACCACUGUGUGAUAUACAGUCCACUACGUUAAAGCCUCAAAAACUCCCUUAAGGAUUCAUAGCUUGUCUAUGUUUUACUUCUAUUAUCAAAGUACAUGAAUUGUUUUCACUCAUAUUGAGUCGUGCCAAGUUGUUUUCUCUUAGGGUUAUUCUAUUUUAAACCUGGUUUUGGUUAUGUAGUUGUUGUUUUACUGCUAUGUUUGAGCUGUACAGGCAUAUGCCCAGUUACAGGGCUGUAUUUCUUUCUCUUCUGUUUGUAUUGAAUGAUUUUAUAAUAAUUUCAUCAAUCCACAGAUAUCUUUUUAUCCUAUCCGUCUGUGUGUCUGAGACUGUUACAUCAUCUCAGCCCCAUGCUCUCAAAUGGGGCUGAGCUACAGAACCAGGCACAGCCGCACAUACAAAUAAGCCACUGUGCCUGGAAAAACCUUAAAGGGAUGUUCCAGGACUUAUUUGUUGAUAAGUCCUUUUAGGAUUUGUCCUCCAUAACAGAUCGGCAGGAAUGUGACUCCUGGCACCCCCUCCUAAUCUGCUGGGUCGAGCAGCUCUGGUGUCAGAACAAGAUGAAAGAGAGUAAUUCUAGCGCCUUGUACCUGCGCACAAUCUCCUGCAAACAACUGAUCGGAGGUUGGAGCCAUGCUCAUCAUCUGUUAUUAAUGACUUAUCCAAAAGAUAGGUAGUCAAUAAUAUAUAUAUAUAUAUUAUAAAAUCCCUGGAAAAUCCCUUUAGGGUACCUGCACAUGGGUGCGGGUUUAGAAACAGGUUCCUUAAAAAUUUCUUUGCAGGUUUUCCGCAUUUGUUACUUGCUGUUUUUGACGCAGAUCUCACCCUUUGCAUUACAAAGGGUGAAAUCCGCACAAACAAUAGACAUGCUGUGGAUUUCAAAACCUGCCCAGAUAAAAUGACAGUCACAUGAGAUUUGUCAAAUUUCAUUCAGUUUGCUGGUGCUGUGUUACACUGCAGUUUUCCCCCACAAUAAAGAGCAUAAUCUGCAACAUGUGCUGGUAGCCUUCGGGUCUGGUGCGCCAUAGUGUUACAACCUCCUUCUUCUGAUUGAUGGGAGUAUCGGAGGCAACCACCGAUCACACACUAGUGAUCUGUUAGAAGGAGAAGCCAUCAAUGUGUUUUUCUCCAAACCGUGCGCUAUUAAAACCUUGAGCCAGUUAAAGUGAAUGUGUCAUCAUCAGAAGUCACAUAUUAUGUUAAGGAGAUUUUUUUAAGAAUUUUUAUUUUCCAUGUUAUCUAUAUUUAAAAAAAGGUAUAUAAUCCUUCAAUUUUCGCACUGGUCAUGAUUCCUGUUCUGUAUCUCGUUAUCGCAGGCAGAAUUACAAUGACAAGUAACACCUUUACAUAGGUAACACACAGUCCACCUUUCACAAUAGGAGAUAUCACAGCUGAUCAGCUCCUUCCUGACAUCUACACAGGUCACAGAUCAUGCCAAGAAAACUCUCCCAUAGAAGCCAUUGGGGUCACCUCCUGUCCAUUGUGUUUAUGGCCCACGGUGCCUGCUCUCAAGACAGGCCUAGUGACCAGAGUGAAAACGGCAGGAUUUUCAUAGUUUUUUUAAAAUAUGGGGACAUGUAAAUGUAAAAAAAAAAAAAAAAAAAUAUAUAUAUAUAUAUGAUUAACAUUAAAACAGGUUUUAAAAAGGUCAUUUGCUGAUGACACAUUCCCUUUUAAAGGAAUUGUCCAAGAUAAAAAAGAAAUAAAAAUCCUUUAUUUCCCCUAGAAACAGCACCGCUCAUGUCCAUGGACUGUAUGAGAUAUUGCAUCUCAGUCCCAUUCAUUUAAAUGUAGAUGAGAUUCAGUUACCCAAGUAGUGCUUUUUAUAGGGUUAAAGGGGUUAUCACAUCUUAGA